UGAAAAGCGGCAGCCUACUUGCGUUCGCGCCACUCGCCUUUUGGCAAAGUGAGCCAUGCCGUCCGCGCUGCGGGUGCUGGGCUACUGUAGACCCAAAUGCACGCUCUGGGUAGGUCGGGGAAGCGUCGGUUUCAGCAACAGCUCCCGACGCCGCUGAAACGAGCUGUCGCUAACAGGCUGCAGGGGCAAGGCGAGGCGCCCUGCAGAGGAACAAGUGGGAAACGGUAGGAGGCUUUCCUUCCGAGGCGGAGGAUGGCUGCGAGGGAUGAGCCCAGUUGAGCAAAGGCGUGUGUGAGGGAUACCCCAUUAUUCCUGAGCUGCUGCUGCUGAAGAGGAGGAGGAAGGUUUUGUGAGGGUUUUUUUUUUCCUUGGGAGGUGGGACGCCGGGAGAUGCCCGCACCAACCCAACCACGAACUUCUCUGCAUCCACUCCAGGAGCCACCCGGUCCGUUUAUCCCGGAGGUUUGGUAAGGGCACUUUAUUGCCUCUCUGCUUCGCCCCACCCGUUGCUCUCGGUGUCUGCGCUCGCCCUGGGUGCGUCAUCCAGACAGUUCGUACUGUACUUUAUACUCUUCUCUCCUCCUUUCCUUAACGGGCUCUUGCACGCCAAUCGUCCCGGCUGCCCUGCCUUCUCCAAGGGAGAAGGGUGCGCCUUGUUAUCCGGGGAAGGUACAACUGCCACCGCCAAUGGAACCUGUUUUGCGACGGGCGUUUCUGCUGCCGGUUCUUCGUGGGACAAGGAAGCCACCGUUCCCAUUGUAUUUGGCUGGACGCCUGUGAGGCCCCCCCCCCCCCCGGUCCCCCUUUCCAGCCUCUUCUGGACUGUGACUCGAAUGCCGCCUUUUACAAGCUCCGAUGUCACUUUUUCUCCUUUGCCCCAGUCACUUGAGUCUACGCGGGGCUGUUCCCCCACGAAGAAGGACCCGGUCUCCCCGGUCCUCUGAAGGAAGACCACCUUGCCCGAAGAUGCUUUUGUGAAACUAAGAAACUAAGAAUUCCAAGUUGGCUUUCGGUUGAACUGAAGGCUGAAGAUCCUCGCUCGGUUUUGCUGGGCGGUAAAACGACGGGAACUCUCCUCCCCUCCCCCCCUUGCCUUGCCUUGCCUGCCUCCCCAGAGGAAAGCGAUCUAGAGGCCAGGAGAGAAAGUGAAUGAAGGGUUUUGUUGACCUCAGAAUGCUCCGCUCCACCUUGGGAGACUCUCCUGUCUUCUGAACAAGAGCUGGCAGAAGAAACUUCGGGAGAAGGAAGGGCUGGCUUUUCUCUUGACACAAAAACUCUGGUUAUUGGAUUCUGAAAGCUGUUUGAAUCCCCUGGAGACUCAGUUGCCUACCUGGCACAGAGAAGCAAUUGUAUUGGUCGAGGAAAGGGGUUAUUUAAGGACCCUCAGGGAUUGAGGGACAGGUCCUGCUUAAAGAAGAGACUUCAAGGGUACCCUUGCCUCAUUUCACCUGCAGAGGUGCUUGGAGCAAGCUUGAGGAUUUUCCCCGAGGGUACUUGGAAGGUGCAUCUUUCUUGCUCUGACAUCAGGAAGAAACUUUGCCCACCAAAAUGUCCAAAGUGGCGGCUUCCAGUGUAGCUGGAACCACCACAGCAUCAGAGAGUUGUGGGGCAGGGCUGGCCGAAGACCUCUCUAAGGUGUCUGAUGAGGACCUUCUGAAAUGGAGCAAAGAAGAUCUCAUUCGGAGCCUCCGUAAAGCUGAGUCAGAGAAAGUGAGUGCCAUGCUGGAUCACAGCAACCUCAUCCGGGAGGUCAACCGCCGCCUGCAGCUCCACCUGGGCGAGAUCCGGGGGCUUAAGGACAUCAAUCAGAAAUUGCAGGAAGACAACCAGGAGCUGCGAGACCUUUGUUGCUUCUUGGAUGAUGACCGGCAGAAAGGCAAAAAAGUAUCCCGCGAAUGGCAGAGGCUUGGGAGGUAUAGUGCUAGCAUGAUGCAUAAAGAGGUUGCCUUAUAUUUGCAAAAGCUGAAGGAACUAGAAGUACGGCAGGAAGAAGUUGUGAAGGAAAACUUGGAGCUGAAGGAGCUUUGUGUCUUGUUGGAUGAAGAAAAGGGUGGUGUUGCUGGCUGCCGAAAUUCAAUAGAUAGUCAAGCCAGUCUUUGCCAAUUAACUGCCACAAGUACAUUCAUAAGAGAUGUUGGGGAUGGGAGUAGUACCUCCAGUACUGGGAGCACUGAUAGUCCUGAUCACCAUAAGCACCAUUCAAGUUCAAGUCCUGAGCACCUCCAGAAAACAAGGAGUGAGGGAAGUCCUGAGCAUCAGAAGCAUCGGAGUGCUAGCCCUGACCACCUCCACAAACCUCGAAGUUCUGGAAGUCCUGACCACCAGAAGCAUCUGAAAGGACCAAGUCCAGAGCAUCAUAAAACCCUAACCAAAGGUACUUCAGAGCAGCAGAAGCACAGUUGUAGCAGUCCGGAAACACUGCCAAAGCACAUGUUGAGCGGGAGCCCAGAACACUUUCAAAAGCAUAGGUCUGGGAGCAGUCCAGAACAUCAAAAGCAUAGCAGCAGCAGUGGAAGCCCUGAACUUCUUCAAAAGCAUGCUCUGAGUGGAAGCUCAGAACACCUCCAAAAAGUGAGGGGCACAAGUCCUGAGCAUCUCAAACAGCAUUAUGGGGGAAGUCCCGAGCACCUCAAACAUUUGGGCAAUGGCAGCAGAGAAGGCACCUUAAGGAGACAAGCUGCAGAUGAUCUGUCACCCCAUCAUAGGGGCCUCUACAAUGGGAUGAAUGAAUCAACAUUGUCCUAUGUUAGGCAGCUGGAAGCAAGAGUAAGACAGCUGGAGGAGGAAAAUCGCAUGCUGCCCCAGGAUCCCAUUAGGAUGCCAUCAGAGGCAGAUGGGAAUGUCUGUUCUCCGAGCCAUCCAGCUAGCUUCAAUGAACAGGCCUCCUUAUCUUCUCAGCAGCCUGAAGCGAUGGUUAAUGCCCUCAAGGUUGUGUGGAGGAAACUUGGAGAUGCUGCAGGCUCGUGUCCUGGAAUUAGACAGCACUUGUCUGGAAGCCAGUACAAAGGGCCAAUGUGAAUGGCUAUCAAAACAAGGAAGGAUUUCAAGUAUCAGUGGACGUCACAGCAACCUUUUUAGUAGAGACAAUGCCAAACACUUUCUAGGCCACCACUGGAAAAUAGAACAGUCUUUUCUUCAUAGACUUUUAUGUGAUGUAUCCAGAUCUGCAACUAAUAUACUCCAUUCUGCUUUUGCCACAAGCAUUUUCAAUACACACACACACACACACACACACACACACACACACACACACACACGAGGAUAUAGCUAACAAUCAUCAAAGUUGUUCACAUUAAUCCAGAUGGGAAAUUCUUAGAAAAAGUGCUUUUGUAAAAAAAAAGAAACAAGAAAAAAAGAAAGAAAGAAAGAAAAGAAAGAAAUCAAGAGAUUCCAAUGAACUCUGCUCUUGGUCUUCACAGUUUGAAAAAAGGAUUCCUAUAUUUAAUUGUAUUAAAUAUUGACUAAUGGUGAAUAGCCAAACUGUGGCUGAAACCAUUUUCUUUCCAAAUGUUAGGAUUAUUGCUAAAUGCCCCAAACCUUCAAGUAUUGCAAAUGCCAAUAAUGUAGCAAAAGAAAAACUACAUAUAUGAACACUAAAAUUGUGAUGCCUCAUUGCUCUAAAAACAUAGACCAAGAAUCACUUUAUUCUAUAAUCUACUGUAGUGAUUGCAUUCUAAAGAACUGGUCUUUCUCUUAUUAAAAGAAAUAUUCCCUGUUUAGCAAAGUGCAGCCAAGUCCUGAGGCAUUCUUAGUAAUCGGGCAUCAAAAGCCUGCCCUGCUCUUUCAGGGUUGAAAUAGAUCCUUGAGCCAGACUGAAGACAAAGUACCUGUAGUAAUGCUCUGGAGACAUGGUGCCUGGUAGCUGCAAUUGUAUCCAUGGCUAAAUCUUGAUUGGAGAUCCACACAUAUACAUCAAGGAAAAUGCCGGAAGGGAGGGACUGUUUCCCGAGCUGUGGAGUGGACAUUGCAUCUAUUUUCAUUCUUUUUUAAUAGGUUGGGGAAUGCUGAUAUCUUAAAGAGAAAAAAGUUCAGAUAUCAAACUUGUGGGCUUUUAUUUUUAAUGCACGCACAAACCCACCCAGAAAAACUUGAAAAGGGGAAAGUUGUGCUCUUGGAACAUGGAGCUGCAAGCUGUUUCUAAUCAAUUUGAAUUAGAGACUGAUAGAAAUGGGAUAUUCAUGAUUGGCAGACAAGAAUGGAUGGAUGUGCUGUGAAAAUGGCAAACAAGACUAAGAAGCAAUUCACCAAGAAAGCUUGAAUGCUAAUGAUAGGAAUAGCUCUGGUGUGUGUGUGUGUGUAUGUGUGUGUGACAAUUAUAGAUUGAGAAGUAAAGCAGAAAAUAUAGACACUAGCACCAGAAUGAACGACACUCAUUUCCAGAGAAGUCACAAAUAAUUGGAAAAAUGUUAUGGAUAUAAGCUUCUCAUCUCUCGGUUAUAAAUUCAAAAUUAGGUUGAAAGUGAAGAGUCUUAGAAUGAGGCUUCAGCUUAAAUCAUGACUACAGUAAAGAGAAUAACAAACACAAGUCAUUUAGGGAAAGUAAAUCAUUAAAAGUUACUCCAAAAGUUUAAAUGAUGGCCAUAUCAUUGACUUAUGACCUUCAGUAACAGUUUUUCAAAUAUCAUAAAUUCCCUUCCUUGGCUACUACUUUUAGUCUGAAAACCAACAGUUUAUAUAACCGACACAAUUUCUGCAGGGUAUCAAAAAUAAAUAAGUUAUGUGUAUCAUGAAUUGAACAGGACUUUACACAACGCAAACUCUGUCUGUUGGUAAUACUUUCACUUUGAACGUGCAAUGUUUGUGUAUUUUUCAGAGCAGAUGAAACAAUAAGGUGAAUUAGAAAGAGGAAAGGAGGUUUUUGCUCCUGGAAAAGUGGAUCAGAAAAUAGUGCUAAAUUGGAUAGUGCUAAGAAAAUACUUCAGGGAGUUCCUGGGAGUAAAACCUAGGCUAAUCUCAGAGACAAAUGACAAACCCAUCAUGACUAUGAUGGAUGCUGAAAUCAACUCACUUCCAAAAAUCUGGCACUCAAAACUGAAGGCUGAUAUACAAAACAUUCCAUGGCUUUAAGGAUAAUGCAGGAAAAAAAGUAUAAUAUUUUGACUCUGAUAAAUUAAUUUAAAGACUGAGGAGUUAAGGGUAGUUUACCGAACACUGAAAUCCAUGCUGUGGAACAGUAGCAUAAUAAUCAUAGAAUUAGAAGGUGCUUAUGACACCACUGAUUCUAACCCUUAUUCUGUAUAGGAAUUAUAUUAAAUUAUUCCUAAUUGAUAGUCAUUCUAGUCACCACUUGAGCACAUCCAAAUUAAGAGGAACCCAUCAUUUCUCUGGAAAGUAUUGUUAAAUUGUUCUUGCUGCCAGGAAGGUUUUGUUUUGUUUUGUUUGACAUUCAACUGGAAUCUAUUGCCCUAUAACAUAAUCCCUUUUAAUAUCUUCUGAUGAUAAAGAACAGGUCUUGGCCUUUUUUAUAUAUGUUAUAUUACUGAAAAACAUUAUCAUGAAAAUGGUCAUAAAAAUUCAAGUUAUUUAUAAAAAUGUUGAAAACAUGGGCCUAGGACUAGACUCUGUGGCAUCCCGUUGGAUUUUUUAAAAUAUGGACUAUUAAUGAAUUAACUCUUUGAACACAGUUUUCAAGUUGUGCAAGAACAAGUUGUGGAUCACUUAAUAAACACAACAUAAAACCCUUAUUUGAUAAUUAUAAUACCAUAGUAUCUAAUGUCAAUUGCUUUCUUGAAGUCAAGAAAUACCUGCCUAGCAUUUUUAUUAGUCUAGUAAGACUUUUUCCUGACAAAUCAGCGGAAACUGAUGCAUUUUUAAGGUGCUUAUAAAUCCAAUAGUAGAAAAUGAUGGGUCCUUAGUUGUUUUUCUGCAGAUGUUUCUGUGGAUCUUAGUUACUAGAUUAAAUAAUAUCACCAGUUCAUGGAAGAUUAGUUUGCUGGUUACUUAUGUAUAAUAGCUUGCCCUCCUGGUCUUUAUUGGACUGUAGUUUCUUCCUUGAUAACUUUAACGACAACAAAAUGACACCAGAACUAAGUCUGGCAGGGCAAACUACAUAAUCAACAGUAAACUUCAGAUUCCCAUGAUUGAUGAUGUUACCUAUCCUGUUUCCCCCAAAAUAAGACAUCCCCUGAUAAUAAGCCCUAUUGGGCUUUUGAGCACAUGGCAAUAAGGCCAAGCGCUUAUUUCAGGGUUCAAAAAAUAUAAGACAGGGUGUUAUUUUUGGGGAAACAUGGUAGAAAUAUCUGCAAGAAAACAACUAAGUUAAGAGAAUACAAGAACCCAACAGCAUUUGUGGAGUGAUUGACUUAUUAUUUGUUCUAGAAUCUUCCUAGGUAUUCAAAUCAAGCUAGAGUUCCAGAGAUUCUCCUUUUUCAUUUUUUUGAAAAGAGGGAUAUAUGCCUUUAUCUAGUCUACCAAUUCACCCAGUCUUCAGGAUUCUGCAUUUAAUAGGCAACAGUUUAGCCAGACCAACAAGUUCUUUUCAGUACUCUGAAAUACAGUUAAUCCAAUCUUGGAGAUUUAGGUUUAUAGCUAGUCCUCAAUUUACAGCCAUAAUUAGAACCAGACUUUCCAUUGCUAACCAAGGUUAUUGUUGUGAAUCAUCCCUGAUUUAUCUACCUUUUUUUUUUUGGCCACAUUUAAUAAGUGUGGUGGCAUGCACAACCGUGCAUACUUACAUUUGCUCCAGGAUCAAUUGUAGAGUACAUCCAGACUGGAUCUUUUGAGCCCCAGUAUGUAUAAUGAACCUGUUGUUACUGUUCAUCAGCAUUUGGAGACUAAGAUCCUGCUGUGACUUGAGGAGCUCUCUUUUCUCUUGAUAUUGUGUACCAUGCAGAGAACUAGACUUAGUGGAGUUCAAAUUCCUGUCAUGUCCAGCUAUUCAGGAUAUUGAUAAGUAUUAGAGUCUUUUGUGGAACCUAUGUCUUUGACACAAGUCCAUAUCAUAUUUGCUAAGGAGAGAAUGAGCAGCCCAAAGGCCUCUUCUCUAAAGAGAGCCUACAGGAUGUAAACUUAAGUAUAACCUAACUGUACAUUGCACCACAAGUAUAGUUCAGGAUAGACUGAUGGAUUCCAUGGAGUCUAGAGAUCCUAUGAAUCCAAGUGUUCUGGAUGUGACAAUUAGGCUUCUAGUUUUUGUGAGUUCCUUUAGAUAAGACACAAAUAAAAAUCUCCAUUUGGGGGCCGAAGGUUGCUACACUAUUUUAAUCAUCGGACUAGAAGACCUCUGAUAGACAUAAUUAAGAUAAGUUUUAGGUUGGAUCCUGGAUAAUUUGAACCAAAGUAUAGCCAACUCCUCUCUUUCCUGACUCAUUUCUUAUCUGAUUAUACUAAUUUCCUAUGUAGUAAUUGUGCUCCAGUGCAAUUGAUGCUACAGCCGACCUUUAGGAUGAUGCUCAUGUAGAAAUUUUGUGAAGUACCUGAAAAUAAUUAGCUACAUUCAGUGCUCCUUAUUUCAUGAAAUUGAUUUCAGUAGCAAUGCUGUUGCAGAGUCCUGCCCUGAGCCCAUACAUCAUCACACUGAAAUGGCUCAUCAUAAUCUGUUGUUCAACAAAUCCCUUGCCAGUUGCUUGUUUGCUGAUGUGGGUUUUAGGAUUAUGCUACUAUAGAUAUUAAGCAUUUGAAAUCUUUCAUCCAACCUUACAAGUCCCUUCUAAAUGUCAGGGAGUUAGGAUUUAUAAGAUAAUACUUGAUUUCACAAAUGUGUAUGGCUAACAGAAUAACACUAUAUUUAUUUGGGGUUCAGGAGAACUUUUCUUGCAGAGGUUCACAUCCUUUUAGAGGAAAUGUUGAGGAUUUUUGAAAGCAUGUCCUUCAUUAAUCUGAGAUUGAAAAUGCUUUUUCAUUUUGCUUGAGUUUUUGAACAUAAAUGGGCUUACAUUAAAAUUUCCCUCCUAUCCCCUCCAAUGUAUAAUAUUAGAUUCUGUGUAUUAAAUGUCUGAUAACUAUUUUGUGUAUAUAUCAAAAUGCAGUAAUAUUUGUAUGAAUGUGCAACAGGCUUGUGAUUAAAUGCUGUUGCUUUGACUUUUUAAUCAUACCUGAAUAUUUAACGCAGCAAUAGGAAUGCAACAAUUCCCAAGAUUGGGAUGAUUAAGAGGGUUUAAUUCAAAAUUGAUAUUGUCCUGUUUGUUUCUCUUUUUUCUUUUUCUCCGCUUUUAUAAUGGUGGGUAUUAGAUGGCUGUAGCACUAAUAUAGUGCAGCCUUUUAUCCUAUAAUAGAGUGGCAUUAAUCAGCCCCCUUUUUUUCAGGAAAAAAAGGUUAUCAAAAAUGUGCUUUAGUAAUUCAAUCAGUUUUUUUUAAUGUCAUGCUAGCUAACACAGUUGUUUUCAUUAUUUAUAUUAAAAUUGUUGUAUUCCUAUUAUUACAUGAGAACAGUGAAAGCGAGAGACCCUCAAAGAAUUUGUGCCCGCGGUCAAGGACUAGAUCCAAAGAACAACUCUAGAGAGGUUUUAAGUAUUUUUCUGGAUCAAUGGGAUAGUAAACUAUUUUUCAUUGAAUAGCAGUCUCUUUUCCUAAUGCUGUGUCACAAAGUAUUUAAAUAUUCCAUUCAGUCUAAUAAACGGAUUGCAACUGGCUACUAUUCAAUGAAGAAAUGUCUAAGCUGUUCUUUUCCCUGGUUGAGGGUUUGGAGCAACUUUUGUUGUUUGAUGGAUCUUAGCCAAGUUCUGCAGGAGAUAAUUUGAGCGAUGUUGGCCUUUUGACAUAAGUAUGUAAAUUUUGAUACUGUACUAAAACUAUUUUUUUACAAUUCAUCAUAUAAUGGGGAUACCAAACAUAUGUGUUCAUUUUAGCAAUGGUAAUAAAAUAUUUAAUCUCAAAAUCAAUUGCCUGCUUUAUUCUGAGGUUAUGGUUGGUUCUUUUGCACUGCACCUUUAAGCUGCUCCCAUUUUGUGAUGCAGUUGGCUGGAGUCUAAGGCACUUUAGCAAUAGCAAUAGCACUUAGAUUUAUGUACGGGUUCACAGGGCUUUAGAGCUCUUUAAGAAAGUUUUCUUUGGACUGGGAUGCUGGAUGUUUAGUCCAGUCUAGUGGCUACUGUGGGUCCUCCAUUAAAUUUAUUUUUGUAGC